AUGGGUAAAGAUAAAAAAACAGAAACUAGUGAAGGGUCAAGUGAAGAAGAAGAAUAUGUUGUAGAAAAAGUAUUAAAUAAAAGAACAGUCAAAGGAAAGGUGCAAUAUCUGUUAAAAUGGAAAGGCUAUAAAGAAGAAGACAGCACUUGGGAGCCAGAAGAGAAUUUAGAUUGUGAAGAAUUAAUUAAAGCCUUUGAAGAUAAAAGGAAAGAAAAAGAGGCAAAGGCAAAGAAAUCAGAACCUGAGCGGCCAAAGAAACGCAAUCGUGACUCUGGUGAUGACACAAGUACCACUAGUCGCAAAGGCAGAGGCACAAGUGUUUCCUCUAUGGAAGACAGCAAAGAAUCAAAAAAAGAAAAGAAAGAGGAUAAGUCAAGAUCUGGUUUUGAUAAAGGGCUUAAAGCAGAAAAAAUUAUAGGAGCAUCUGAUGCAACCGGAGAGUUGAUGUUCCUUGUGAAGUGGGCUGAUUCGGAUGAGGCAGAACUGGUUCCCGCUAAAAUUGCAAAUGUCAAGUGUCCACAGCAGGUGAUAGCAUUCUACGAGGAGCGGCUGACCUGGCACACUCCUGCCGAGUCGGAG